GGUCAAUUUUCUGAAAUUUAUCCAAUCGUCUUAUUAGUAUUAGACCGUUCUUGUUUGUGUCGGGAAAAUGGCUGAAGGUGGAAAUUUGGUAUCCGUAGACUUUGAAAUCUAUGGUAAAGUUCAAGGUGUGUUCUUCAGGAGAGAUACACAGAAACAAGCUAAAAAGUUGCACCUUGUUGGUUGGGUAAUGAACACACAUCGCAACACAGUUCUAGGACAACUACAAGGACCUGCAGAUGCUGUCAAAUUAAUGAGACAUUGGUUAUCUAAAGAAGGAAGUCCAAAAUCCAGAAUAGACAAAGCUGAAUUUAGAGAUGAAAGACCUAUAACUAAAACCACAUAUAAAAACUUUAGUGUAAAACAUUGAUGUCGUCUUCUCAACCAACAAAGC